CUCUCGCUCUCUGAUCUGAUGUAGCUAGAGCUAGAAAGAAGACAGAAGAUCCGGUGUUAAUUUACAUGUUUGAUUGAGGCAACUUGCAGCAUUUUUGCUUCUUUAAAAGGGCGAAGAGAGAGCCCAUAUCCUUCCAAAUACUUCUCUCCAUUUCCCUGUUACAAAGCAAAAAGGUUGAUAGAGAGAGAAAGAAAAGGGAAAGAAUGGCGUUGGAAACUGUGGUUUUCCAACAAGAUCCUUUCAGCCACAGCUCCAAGGAUUUCUACACCUUUGGCUCUGCAGAAGCCUCCUGCUAUGGCUACGUCGACGCCUAUGACCUCUCCUUUCAAGACCACAAGGCUAACUUCCAACCCCUUCAUGAAGACAAAUGUUUCAGUGGCUACUGGGACUCUCCUCCCUCUUCUGCGCCACCCAUCAACAUCAACUCUUCUUCCCAGGAGGAGGUUUUCACCGGCGAUGGCUCCCUCGCCGGAAAUCACACCCCGGCUGCAGCCCCGGUCUCCGCGUCCAGCCGGCGGAAGAGGCGGCGCAUCAAAAGCUUCAAGAACAAGGAGGAAAUAGAGAACCAGAGGAUGACUCACAUUGCCGUCGAGAGAAACCGCCGGAAACAGAUGAACGAAUACCUCGCCGUCCUCCGGUCGUUGAUGCCACCUUCUUACGCCCAAAGGGGCGAUCAGGCAUCGAUAGUCGGGGGAGCGAUAAACUUCGUGAAGGAACUCGAACAACUUCUCCAAGUGCUCGAAGGGCACAAGCAAGUGAAGAAGCAGCGAUCCUACGCAGAUCAUCGUCAUCAUCACCACCACCACUGUCCCGAUCUCUUCUCGAAUUUCUUCACCUUCCCGCAGUAUUCGACUCGUUCGAUGCUGCACAAGAACCCGGACCAUUGGAUGGCCGAGAAGCAAUCCACCAUUGCCGACAUCGAAGUGAGCAUGGCGGAAAGCCACGCAAAUAUCAAAGUCCUAUCGAGGAAGCAACCGAAGCAGCUCUUCAAGCUGGUGGCUGGGUUUUACUCUUUGGGGCUCAGCAUCUUGCAUCUCAAUCUCACCACUGUUGAUCAAAUGAUACUCUAUUCAUUCAGCGUCAAGGUUGAGGAAGAUUGUCAGCUGAGUACAGUGAAUGAGAUAGCAGCAACUGUGCAUGAGAUGAUGGGAAAAAUCCAAUAGGAGGGCAUGGUCGAGUUGAUGAGAAAACACCAAAUUCUCUUGUAUUUGGGACAUCAUAGCUUUUGGUAGAAUUUUGGUUUCAUAUUAUUAUGAUUUUCUCUCAUAUUUUCUGAGGAUCUUUUGUACCAAUUAAUGGAAUAGCUAUAUAUACAUAUAUAUAUAUGUGUGUGUUGGGAAUCCAAAUGGGUACCCUACCUAUUCAUUUGCCCGUGAGAAAUUG